UAUGAGAACCCCACUCACGGAUCUCAAAGUUGCAGUGUUUCUCCCUACCUUCGCGAUAUUUUUUACCCUUUUGGUCCAAGUUCUGCUUUGUCGCGCGAUUACAUUUGUUCUUACUCCAUGGUUUGCUUGGUUUUUUGUUAUUUUCUCGUGCGAACUCACUUCGUGCUGCUUCUUCUAGUCUUAGCUUGAUUCUUGUUCACGAAGAAGUUGUUUUCACCGUGUGUUUUGACAGUUUAAUUCUGUUCCAUUUUUCAAAGCGAAUAAACCAUCAUGUCUAAGCGUUCGAAACAGACGGGAAAUUUUUAUAAGAAGAGGGCUCGGUUGAUGGAUGAGGUCGAAAGGAAUGUGGAUGCAUUAAACAUCACGCUUGAAACGGCUUCGACUUCUGUUUGGCCGGACCUUGGAGUGGAAGUUACACCAGAAGAUUUGGAAUUGUUGUUUGCAGGAUGUAGUUCGGCAGAGCCAACAACAUCUACCACUACAACAACAUCGAACGCAACCACAACAUCGAACGCAACCACAACAUCGAACGAUUUUCAUGAAUUUGAAGAUAUCUAUGAUUCGGCAGAUGUUGUGACUGAUGCCAAUGAUCGCUUCGAAUUCAUGAAAAAAUUGAAUUUGAAGGAUGCACUUGUGCAUCUUAUCAUUCUUGGCCGUGCCUCAUGUUUUUUAACAGAAGGCUUCCUUGCCAUCUUAAGGAAGUUCUUUAAAGCUAAAGUCCCUAAAACAAAAAGAACUUUGCUAAAAACUGAAGCCGAUAUUAAAUCAGAAAUUACACCAAUUAAUGGGGGUAAAUUAUGGUACCGUGGCAUAGAAAAAGUGCUUCUUAAAUAUUUUGAAGAUAUUGAUCCUGAACCGGACAUAUUUACCAUCGAUGUUUCUAUCGACGGGCUUCCACUGUUUAGAAGUUCCCGUAAACAGCUUUGGCCAAUACAAAUAAGGGUGGUCGAAUUACCAAAAGUUCCACCAUUUGUCAUUGGAACUUAUGGAGGCCCGAAGAAACCCCAUAGUAUUGGAGAAUUUUUGAAUCCUUUGCUGAAGGAAAUAAACGAUCUCCAAAAAAGAGGCCUUCAGUUUAAGCAUAAGUUGGUGCCAAUGGUUCUUCGGGCUUUUAUUGCAGAUUCGCCGAUGCGGGCCACUUUGAAAGCUACAAUGAAUUUCAAUGCCAGACAUGGAUGCUUGAAAUGCACAUGUGUUGGGACAACUAUUCAGGUUGGACCUAAUAAAAAAAAAUUAUUUUAGAUUCCAUCGAUGCACCUCCACGCACGAACGUUGGAUUUAGGCAAAGAGAUGACAAAGCUCAUCAUAAAGAAUGGUGCAGUCCUUUGGAAGCCAUCGAUGACUUUGAUAUGGUCGAAGGAAUGCCAGUGUCCGACAGGUUGCAUUUAUUGGAUGAGGGAAUAUUUCAAAAAAUACUAGUAGGGUUUUUGAACAACACUUUCGAACUAUUAGGCCAUAUUUAUCCUCGUCAGAAGGAAGUAGUAUCUGCCUAUAUAAUCAAAAUUAGGCUUCCCUAUGAAAUACCUCGUAGAAUCCGGUCCCUUGAUGAAAUUGCGCAAUGGAAAGCUACAGAAUACCGUAUCUUCUUCCAUUAUUUAAGCGUAGUUAUACUAGAAGAUUUUUAUCAAUAUGAAGGUUCAUUUAACCAUUUUUUGAUGUUAUUUUCUGCGAUAACAAUAUUUUCUUCAAGGGCCCAUCAACAAUAUUGGUCUCUGGCAAAAAUAAUGUUGGACGAAUUCUUUAGACACUUUGGGAAAUAUUAUGGACGGUCUAACAUAACCAGCAAUGUUCAUAACCUUCAGCAUGUUGCUCAUGAAGUUGAAAAGCUUGGGCCUCUGGAUUUAUAUUCCGCAUACGAUUAUGAAAAUAAUUUAAGAUUUAUUAAGCAAGACGUAAAAUCAGGCACUAAUAUAGUUGAACAAGUAGCUGGUCGUCUAACCGAACGCAGUCAAGUAGUAAAAGCCAAAAACAUCGCGAAACUUAUAUACCCGAGACUUAGACCAAACGGCCGUUUCUUUAUUACCGAGGAUUUUUCCCUUCACACACAGUUCCAGAACCAAUGGUUUUUAACUGAAGAAAGGAAUAUUAUUAAAUUUGUAAAAGCAAAGAAAGAUGCUUGUGAUUCCUUUAUAAUUGUUGGCGAUUUAAUCGAAUCAUGUGAGGAACUUUUUAAUGUAGUGUCUGAUGAGGACAAUGUGAUAACAGAUAUACAUUUAUCAUCGACUGAAAUUUGUAUCUACAAAGUUAAGCUUAAUGUUCCUACAAUAAGGGUAGAGGUCCCCUGUACAUCUGUGCUAUGUAAGCUCGUUCCAAUUUUUAAACCAUCGCGGUCUUUAUUGCAAAUGCCUGUAAGGACAACACCCCAGCCAAAUUCAAUAGCUUUAUUUCCUUUGUUACACACGUUUAGGAACGCAUAAUAUGUAAAAUAGUUUAUUAAAAAUUAUUCAACAAAAAACAAGUCGUUUAUUUAUUUACUAAUCGUGAUUUUAACUUUAAUAAAUGACAUGAUUUUUAUUAAUUUAAAAUUUCAGUUAAAUAAAUAACUUUGGUUUUUGCGGCACCGCAUCGAACUCAAAAUAGAAAAGAGCUUAUGGGUACCAACUGUAAAAGUAAACGAACAAACAUGUUUCAAUAGUUCACGUAUAUUUAACUAAACAUUAUUUAUAGAGCCCAGGUCUAUUCCAUCUCUUAUAAAACUAAUAUGUUCCUAACAAAGUAAUAGUCAACAAUACUAAAAUAACUUAACUAGUUCGUUUGUUUUUUGUUUCGCUUGUGCGCUUUAUGCACUACGCUUUUAGUUAUUCCUCUUGUUAAGCUUGCACUUUUUGCAUUACUAAUUUUGUUUUUUAAUAAUUGCUCGACAUCUUUUUCUGUUGUCUGGGCACCUCCUACCCGUUUGAAGACUUUCAGAAUGUUUCGGUAUGCCACUAACGCUACCUUUUCCGAGCCAUUUCGCGAAACACCUCUCCAAUUGCACUGUACCACAAACUUACGACAGAACACAUCGUAAAAUGAUUCGUGAAUCCUUUGAAAUUUAUCUGUUGAUUGCAUUUGUGCUUUUAACCAAUUUUGUAACGCUUCUGCAUUAGAUGUUAAUGAAAGACUGGACUCUAAACUGU